ACACACACACCCGCACGCGCACACAAUCGCGCAGAUCCGCUGCUCACACACACCGUCCACCGGCCGCUUGGAAAUAGCUCCCGAGGCGCUGGAUGUUUUGGGGCUGAAAGAAGCGGGACUGUCGGCUUCUUCUCGGGGCCGGUUUGGUUGGAAUGCUCCUGCAGAGGACCUGAAGGUACUGCUUCCUCUCACAGACCCAAAGCAUGCAUGUCAGGCUGAUUCUAAAUAUUCCCUAGAUGCGAGUAUGUUCGUCUCCGUGCAUCCCUGUGAUGUACUGAUGAUCUGUCCAGGGUGCCCCCCACUUCUCAUCUGAUGCUAGAGCUGUGACGAUCAGCAGAAUCCCAAGACUUCGCUUUCCUCAACAUUAAGGUGUAGCUGAACAUCAACCGCCAACAUGGUGGUGCUGUCGCUCAAAAUCUGCGUUCGCCAGUGCAACGUAGUGAAGACGAUGCAGUUCGAGCCGUCCACGGCCGUGUACGACGCCUGCAGGGUGAUCAGAGAGCGGGUCCCCGAGGCUCAGACCGGACAGGCUUCGGACUACGGCUUGUUUUUGUCCGAUGAAGACCCCAGAAAAGGCAUCUGGUUGGAGUCUGGGCGGACGCUUGACUACUACAUGCUCCGUAAUGGGGACAUCCUCGAAUACAAGAAGAAGCAACGACCCCAGAAAAUCAAAAUGUUGGACGGAGCCGUAAAAACAAUCAUGGUGGACGACUCUAAGACGGUGGGCGAGCUGCUCGUCACCAUCUGCAGCAGGAUAGGGAUCACGAACUAUGAGGAGUACUCUCUGAUCCAGGAGACGGCGGAGGAGAAAAAGGAGGAGGGAACGGGGACGCUGAAGAAAGACCGGACACUGCUGCGGGAUGAGAGGAAGAUGGAGAAGCUGAAAGCCAAACUGCACACAGACGAUGAAUUGAACUGGCUGGACCACAGCAGGACGUUCAGAGAGCAGGGCGUGGACGAGAACGAGACUCUGCUGCUCAGGCGCAAGUUCUUCUACUCGGACCAGAACGUGGACUCACGGGACCCGGUCCAACUGAACCUGCUCUACGUGCAGGCCCGAGACGACAUCCUCAACGGUUCCCAUCCUGUGUCGUUCGACAAGGCCUGUGAGUUUGGAGGCAUUCAGGCCCAGAUCCAGUUCGGACCUCACAUAGAGCACAAACACAAGCCGGGAUUCUUGGACCUGAAGGAGUUUUUACCCAAAGAGUACAUCAAGCAGAGAGGAGCUGAAAAGAAGUUAUUCCAGGAGCACAAAAACUGUGGAGAAAUGAGCGAGAUCGAAGCCAAAGUGAAAUACGUCAAACUGGCACGCUCUCUGAGGACGUAUGGCGUCUCCUUCUUCCUGGUUAAGGAGAAGAUGAAGAGUAAAAACAAGCUGGUGCCGCGACUGUUGGGCAUCACCAAAGAGUCCGUGAUGAGGGUGGAUGAGAAGACCAAAGACGUGGUUCAGGAGUGGCCGCUGACGUCCGUGAGGAGGUGGGCCGCAUCACCCAAGAGCUUCACGCUGGACUUUGGGGAGUACCAGGAGAGCUACUACUCAGUGCAAACCACUGAAGGGGAACAGAUCUCCCAGCUCAUUGCUGGUUACAUCGAUAUCAUCCUGAAAAAGAAGCAAAGCAAGGACCGCUUUGGAUUGGAAGGUGAUGAGGAGUCCACCAUGCUCGAGGAGUCCGUGUCUCCUAAAAAAUCCACCAUCCUCCAGCAGCAGUUUAACCACGGGGGCCGGGUCGAGGCCGAAUCCGUGGCGCUGCCGGGGGUGAUCCGCUCGGGCUCGAUUGGCGCCGAGCCCGUUAGCAUGGGUACCAUCCCUUCUCCUCAGCAGCAAGUCACAAGAGACCAGAUGCACUUUGGACACAUGCCUCCACUGAGUUCAGCACAGCAGGCUCUGAUAGGAACCAUCAACACCAGUAUGCACGCCGUACAAAAGGCUAAGAUAGACCUGGAAGAGGUCGACACCCUCCCGCCGUUUGGACAAGACAAGGCGUCGAAGGGGUGGAUCCAGAGCAAGAAGGACGAAUCCAAACAAGGGAUCCACUCUCAGGUGGACGCCAUCACUGCAGGAACAGCCUCCGUCGUGAACCUCACAGCCGGUGACCCCGCCGACACAAACUACACCGCUGUGGGAUGCGCCAUCACCACCAUUUCCUCCAACCUGACGGAAAUGUCGAAGGGUGUGAAGCUGCUGGCGGCGCUGAUGGAGGAUGACGUGGGAGGAGGGAAUGACCUGAUGAAGGCUGCCAGGACUCUUACGGACGCCGUGUCGGACCUUCUGAAGGCCGUGGAGCCGGCGUCUGGACAGCCGAGACAGACGGUUCUGACGGCGGCCGGCAGCAUCGGCCAGGCCAGUGGAGACCUCCUCCGACAGAUCGGAGAGAAUGAGACGGACGAGAGGUUCCAGGAUAUCUUGAUGAACUUGGCCAAAGCGGUCGCCAAUGCAGCCGCCAUGUUGGUGCUGAAGGCCAAGAACGUAGCCCAGGUUUCAGAGGACACAGUCCUGCAGAACCGGGUCAUCGCUGCCGCCACACAGUGUGCCCUGUCCACCUCCCAGCUGGUGGCGUGUGCAAAGGUGGUGAGUCCAACCAUCAGCUCCCCGGUUUGUCAGAAGCAGUUAAUCGAAGCGGGGAAGCUGGUGGAUCGCUCGGUGGAGAGCUGCGUGCAGGCCUGCCUCUCGGCCACAGAGGACGGCGAGCUCCUCAAACAGGUGAGCUCCGCAGCCAGCGUGGUGAGUCAAGCUCUGGAAGAUCUCCUGCAACACGUCUGCCAGUACACCUCCAGGGGAGAGCCGAUUGGACGUUACGACCAGGCGACGGACACCAUCAUGACCGUCACAGAGAGCAUCUUCACCUCAAUGGGAGAUGCAGGAGAGAUGGUCCGGCAGGCUCGGGUCUUGGCUCAGGCCACCUCAGACCUGGUCAACGCCAUGAGGUCCGACGCCGAAGCCGAGGUGGACGUGGACAACUCCAAGAAGUUGCUGGCAGCUGCCAAACUGCUGGCAGACGCCACGGCGAGGAUGGUGGAAGCGGCGAAGGGUGCAGCAGCGUACCCAGAAAACGAGGACCAGCAGCAGAAGCUGAGGGAGGCUGCUGAAGGUCUGCGUGUGGCCACCAACGCUGCAGCUCAGAACGCCAUCAAGAAGAAGCUCAUCAACAGGCUGGAGAACGCCGCCAAGCAAGCGGCGGCUGCGGCCACUCAGACCAUCGCUGCUGCUCAAAAUGCCGCCGCCUCCAACAAGAACACCGCAGCUCACCAGCAGCUGGUGCAGAGCUGUAAGGCUGUAGCGGAUCACAUCCCGCAGCUCGUACAAGGAGUCCGAGGCAGUCAGGCCAAACCGGAGGACCUCGGCGCUCAACUGGCCCUCAUCAUCGCCGGCCAGAACUUCCUGCAGCCUGGCAGUAAGAUGGUGACCUCUGCCAAGUCAUCCGUUCCCACGGUGACGGAUCAGGCUGCAGCCAUGCAGCUGGGGGAGUGUGCCAAAAACCUGGCCACCUGCCUGGCUGAGCUGAGGACGUCUGCACAGAAGGCUCAUGAAGCUUGCGGCCCCAUGGAGAUCGACUCGGUGCUCAUGGCCAUCCAGACCCUGAGGAGCGAGCUGCAGGAUGCAAAGCUGGCUGCUGCGAACGGGCAGCUGAAACCUUUACCUGGAGAAACCUUGGAGAAGUGUGCUCAGGAUCUGGGCAGCACUUCUAAGUCUGUGGGAUCCUCCAUGGCUCAGCUGCUAACGUGCGCCGCUCAAGGGAAUGAGCACUACACCGGAAUUGCUGCCAGGGAGACGGCUCAGGCCCUGAAAACGUUGGCUCAGGCGUCACGAGGCGUUGCUGCGUCCACUACGGACCCCAAGGCCGCAGCCGGAAUGCUGGAGUCAGCCCGUGACGUCAUGGAGGGCUCGGCGCUGCUCAUCCACGAAGCCAAGCAGGCGCUGAUUUCCCCCGGAGACGCCGAGAGCCAGCAGAGGCUGGCACAGGUGGCCAAAGCCGUGUCUCACUCCCUGAACAACUGCGUCAACUGUCUGCCCGGUCAGAAGGACGUGGACAUGGCUCUGAGGAGCAUCGGAGAGGCCAGCAAGAAGCUUCUGGUUGACACGAUUCCUCCAGCCUCCAAAACGUUUCAGGAGGCCCAGAAUGAGCUGACACACAGCGCAGCUGGUCUGAACCAGUCAGCAGGUGAGGUGGUCCACGCCUCCAGAGGCUCCAGCGGCCAGCUCGCCAACGCUUCUGGGAAAUUCAGCCAAGACUUUGACGAGUUCCUGGACGCUGGUAUAGAGAUGGCCGGACACACGCAGAAAAAGGACGACCAGAUGCAGGUGAUCGGGAACCUGAAGAACAUCUCCAUGGCUUCCAGUAAGCUGCUGCUGGCUGCUAAAAGCCUGUCUGUGGACCCGGCGGCGGCAAAUGCCAAAAACCUGCUGGCUGCUGCCGCAAGAGCCGUGACAGACAGCAUCAACCAGCUGAUCACUCUGUGUACUCAGCAGGCUCCUGGCCAGAAGGAGUGCGACAACGCCCUGAGAGAGCUGGAGGCUGUCGGAAAAAUGCUGGACAACCCCAGCGAGCCGGUCAGUGACCUCUCCUACUUCGACUGCAUUGAGAGCGUGAUGGAGAACUCUAAGAUCCUGGGAGAAUCCAUGGCCGGCAUUUCUCAGAACUGUAAAACCGGAGAUGUGUCUGCGUUUGGAGACAGCGUGGGCUCGGCCUCCAAAGCCCUGUGUGGUCUAACGGAAGCUGCAGGACAGGCUUCCUACCUGGUGGGCGUGUCUGAUCCCAACAGUCAGGCGGGACACCAGGGGCUGGUGGAUCCCAUCCAGUUUGCCAAAGCCAACCAGGCCAUCCAGAUGGCCUGUCAGAAUCUGGUGGACCCACAGAGCAGCCCCUCCCAGGUUCUCUCUGCAGCCACAAUCGUUGCUAAGCACACCUCAGCACUCUGCAACGCCUGUCGACUGGCUUCAUCCAAAACCACUAACCCGGUUGCUAAAAGGCACUUUGUCCAGUCGGCCAAGGAGGUGGCGAACACCACGGCAAACCUGGUGAAAACCAUCAAGGCUUUAGACGGGGAUUUCUCAGAGGACAACAGAAGCAGGUGUCGAGUCGCCACAGGACCGCUCAUCGAAGCUGUGGAGAACCUGACGGCGUUUGCUUCUAACCCCGAGUUCGCCAGCGUCCCGGCUCAAAUCAGCAGCGAGGGCUCUGCAGCUCAGGAGCCCAUCCUCCAAUCAGCACGAUCCAUGCUCGACAGCUCCACCCACCUGCUCAAAACUGCGCGCUCAUUGGCCAUCAACCCCAAAGACCCGCCAACGUGGUCCGUUCUAGCCGGCCACUCCCGGACUGUCUCCGACUCCAUCAAGAGUCUCAUCACAGCGAUCCGGGACAAGGCUCCUGGCCAGCGGGAGUGCGACUCGUCCAUAGAUAACAUCAACAGGAGUAUCCGGGACAUUGAGCAGGCCUCUCUGGAUGUCGUGAGCCAGAACCUAACCAGCAGGGACGACAUCUCGCUGGAGGCUCUGCAGGAGCAGCUGACGUCCAGCGUGCAGGAAAUUGGACACCUAAUUGACCCGGUUUCCACGGCAGCCAGAGGUGAAGCUUCCCAACUAGGACACAAGGUGACCCAGCUGGCUGGCUACUUUGAGCCUUUGGUCAAGGCGUCUGUUGGGGUCGCCUCCAAGCUCAAAGACCACCAGCAGCAGAUGACUUUCCUGGACCAGACGAAGACGCUGGCUGAGUCUGCCCUGCAGAUGCUCUACGCUGCCAAGGAGGGCGGAGGAAACCCAAAGGCGUCACACACCCAUGAUGCCAUAGCGGAGGCAGCUCAGCUCAUGAAGGAGGCGGUUGAUGACAUCAUGGUGACGCUGAAUGAGGCCGCCAGUGAGGUGGGGAUGGUGGGAGGAAUGGUGGAGUCCAUCGCCGAGGCCAUGGCCAAGCUGGAUGAGGGAACGCCGCCCGAGCCGGCGGGCUCCUUCGUGGAGUACCAGACCAACAUGGUGAAACACUCAAAGGCCAUUGCUGUCACAGCUCAGGAAAUGAUGACCAAAUCAGUGACGGGUCCGGAUGAGCUGGGAGCCCUGGCCUCUCAGGUGACCGUGGAGUACGGCCAGCUGGCGGUUCAGGGGCGGCUGGCUGCUCACACAGCCGAGCCGGAGGAGAUUGGAUUCCAGAUCAAGAAUCGGGUGCAGGACCUCGGCCACGGCUGCAUCUUCCUGGUCCAAAAGGCCGGAGCUCUGCAGAUCUGCCCGUCUGACGGCUUCAGCAAGAGAGAGCUCAUCGAGUGUGCUCGUACGGUCACGGAGAAGGUGUCCUUGGUGCUUUCAGCCCUCCAGACGAGCAAUAAGGGAGCCCAAGCCUGCAUCACCGCCGCCAGCGCCGUGUCAGGCAUCAUCGCCGACCUGGACACCACCAUCAUGUUUGCCUCUGCAGGAACGCUCAACGCAGAGAAUGACGAGUCCUUUGCCGACCACAGGGAAAACAUUCUGAAGACGGCCAAAGCCCUCGUGGAGGACACAAAGAUGCUGGUGUCCGGCGCCGCCUCCGGUCACGAGAGGUUGGCUCAUGCUGCUCAGUCUUCGGCCAAAACCAUCACUCAGCUCACCGAUGUGGUGAAGAUGGGCGCCGCCGGCAUUGGCUCCGACGACCCUGAAACGCAGGUGGUUCUGAUUAAUGCUGUUAAAGAUGUGGCCAAGGCGCUGGCUGAGCUCAUCAGCGCCACCAAGUGUGCUGCUGGCAAAGCUGCAGAUGACCCAUCUAUGUACCAGCUAAAGAGCGCCGCCAAGGUGAUGGUGACCAACGUGACAUCCCUGCUGAAGACAGUCAAGGCGGUGGAGGACGAGGCCACACGCGGCACCAGAGCUCUGGAGGCCACGAUCGAGUGUAUUAAACAGGAACUGGCGCUGUUCCAAUCCAGGGAUGCUCCACACAAGACCACCACACCUGAGGAGUUCAUACGCAUGACCAAGGGCAUCACCAUGGCAACCGCUAAAGCAGUAGCUGCAGGAAACUCGGGCCGGCAAGAAGACAUCAUCCAAAGUGCCAACCUGAGCCGGAAAGCCGUUUCGGACAUGCUCACCACCUGCAAGCAAGCGGCGUUCCACCCAGAGGUCAGCGAGGAGGUGAAGAACAGAGCGCUGAUGUAUGGAGCCGAGUGCACAUCUGGAUACAUCGAUCUGCUGGAACAAGUGCUGCUGGUUCUGCAGAAAUCCACUACGGAGCAGAAGCAGCAGCUGGCAGCCUGCUCCAAACGUGUAGCCGGUGCCGUCACAGAGCUCAUUCAGACUGCCGAGGCCAUGAAAGGCUCAGAGUGGGUGGACCCCGAGGAUCCAACGGUGAUUGCAGAGACGGAGCUGCUCGGGGCGGCGGCGUCCAUUGAAGCAGCAGCUAAGAAGCUGGAGCAGCUCAAACCCCGAGCCAAACCGAAGCUUGCAGACGAGACGCUGAACUUUGAAGAUCAGAUCCUGGAGGCUGCCAAGUCCAUCGCCGCAGCCACCAGCGCUUUGGUCAAAUCUGCUUCGGCUGCUCAGAGAGAGCUGGUGGCUCAGGGGAAAGUCGGCUCCAUCCCUGCUAAUGCCGUAGACGACGGACAGUGGUCUCAGGGGCUCAUCUCUGCUGCGCGUAUGGUGGCAGCAGCGACCAGCAGCCUCUGUGAGGCAGCCAACGCCUCGGUUCAAGGCCACGCCAGUGAAGAGAAGCUCAUCUCUUCAGCCAAGCAGGUGGCAGCCUCCACCGCCCAGCUGCUGGUGGCCUGUAAGGUGAAGGCGGACCAGGACUCCGAGGCCAUGAGGAGGCUGCAGAUGGCCGGGAACGCAGUGAAGAAAGCAUCAGAUAAUUUGGUGCGGGCGGCUCAGAAGGCAGCUUUCAACAAGGCAGACGAAGACAACGUGGUCGUCGAGACGAAGUUUGUGGGUGGAAUCGCUCGGAUCAUUGCUGCUCAGGAAGAGAUGCUGAAGAAGGAGAGGGAGCUGGAAGAAGCUAGAAAGAAACUGAUUAAGAUCAGACAGCAGCAGAACAAAUUCCUGCCCACCGAACUACGAGAGGACACCAACUGACUCUGCCAACGUGAAGGUCGUUCUAAAAACUCUUAAAUCCUGCAGUGAUUUCAGGCUGUGGAGACAUCUUACACUCACCUACUACUGGUUGGAACUGACUACUUCCUGGACAUGAAGAUUGUGACGGACAUGUGAACCUGAAGCAGAAUGUGACAUAAAGGACAAACGCUCAUGCUAGCCCAUAAGCUACACUUCCUUUUCCGUUUGCAGCUCUGAUGUAUAAAAACAAAGUAUGAUUGUACUUCUGUUCAGCAAAAAACUUUCAGCUCGGUACUCGGAUUGUGUGAAUGUCGGCCUCCAGUUUGCACCUAAAUGUGACUCGAUGUGAAGGAAGAAUUGGGAAUUCUGCCGUGUGGUCAGUUUCGAUAACAAGUCUGUUGUUGCUUUGGGGAAAUGUAAUUUAAUCUAGACGAUCGUACAGAUAUUUUUCAUUUUCACGCGUAUUCUUCUCUGCUUUCUAUUUGCCUGUUGAGUUUUGGUUCGAACCAUUACGUCUUAACAUGGAAAGUUUAUUUAUUACACCUGGGUAUUUUUGGCCGAGCAGGACCUUUUCACGGGGUCACAUACGGUCUCACCUUACAGCUCGUUACUAAGUCAGGCUUGUCCGGUGUCCAGCUAAAGAGCUGGAUCUUCUUCACAAUCUUUUUUUAGGAAACUUUUUAGGUUCUGAUGGAUAAAAACACUAAGAAGAGCAUGUAGUUUAAUCUUGAUGCAAUAAGAUGGUUGGUGCUCUAGGGGGCAGCGGUGGGUUACAUCACUACAGUAAAGGAGACUGGUGGAUUUGUGUUCGCCUGCUGGCUGGUAGGAGGCACAGCCAGGGAUUCAUCUGUGCAUUUUAACUCUGAUUCAAGUCUGUCUAAAUAUUAAUAAUUAUCUUGCAAUAAACAAAAUCUAAUCGUCUGAGGGGAAGUUUAAAGGAAAAUA